AUGGGGACAGAAAAACCAACAGCUCCUCCGUGCACCCACCCUUUCUCUCAUCCAUCCUCGAAUCUCCAAAGCACCGCAACGCCUUCUUCAACGCUAGUGAAUUAUUCACGACCUCUUGAUCCUUCAACUUCAACCAACAACAGUCAACAACCAACUGGCGAGGUGAAGGGAAAGGAUAAAGAAGCCACGGAAAACGAUGAUGAAGGACAAGGAGAUAUGAAUGCUGAGAAAACGCCAGAGCCACAGCUACAGUCUCAGAAGAGAGAUGAUGAUGACGAUGAUGAUAUUUAUGAUGAUUAUCAGCAGGAUGAUGACGACGGGGACGAAGACGAAGAAGAGGAAGACGAGUACACCGAACUCUUCCAGGUCCUGGCCAACGUAGCGAGAAUGAAAGUCUUCGGCGAACGAAUGAACAAUGCAGAGGGGGGUGCUUUGAGUGGUGGUUUGGGAAAAGCGGGUUGGUAUCAUGAAGUUCAGUAUCUCGGUAUGAGGGGGUCCUUGGAACGUAUUGCUGGGGAUGGGGUCAGUGAUAAUGGGUGCUCUUUUAAGGAGGGAGAGAGUGAGGAGGAGAGUGAGGGUCAUGGGGACGGGGGAAGAGAGGAAGGGGAAGAAAAGGGGCAAAUGGAAGAAUAUGAAGGAGAAGAAGAAGGAGAAGAGGAGGAGAAGGAGGGGAAAAGAGAAGAAGGAAAAGAGAGAGAAGAUGACGAUGAAGAGAACUACGUUAUUGUCACAUUCCUAGGGGAGCAGACUGAUUCAGAUGAUGAGAGCUGGUACUUCGUUGAAAUUACCUCUAGUGACGAAGAGGAGGACAGCGAUGACGACGAGGGCAGCAAGGACAACAAGGACACCGAAAAAAAUGAAGACAAGAAGGGCAACGUAAACAGAAGUGAGAGCAACAACGCGAAACACCACAGCAAAAAAGGCAACAAAAACGACGGCUAUGACUCUGAUAACGACGAGUGGCACGACCAUCAUCAUUGUCAUCAUUGCCAAUCGUUCCGUAGCAUCACCAUCCAAACCACCACGACUACCAACCCGCAACGACAAUCACACCGCCAACUCCAAGAAGAAAAUCGACUCCCCCUCGUCAACCUACCCUUCGAGAUACUCCAAUCCUCCCCCACAUCCUUCACCAUCCAGCUCGCCAUCCCCGGCGCCAAGCGGCGGGAUAUCAGCAUUGCCUAUGACCCCAAUAUCAACGUGUUGACGCUCAGUGGGGUUUUGUAUCAGACUGUUCUGUCUGUUGAGGAUUCAUCUUCUGCUUCUUCUUCUACCUCUUCUUCUCUCGAAUCUGAGAGCGAGACAGACAGUAAAGGUAGACCAGAAGCGGGUAUAAAUCAGGGCUCACAACUCAAGUCGAAAGCCGAUUUUGAAGCGGACUUGGAGUUGUGGUUGGCGUAUGAACGGGCCUCAGGACCCGGGGUGAAUUCAGGAUCGGGCUCUGUUUUGCUCCUUGGAGGGUAUGGGGAGGAGGAGGAGGAGGAGGAGGAGGAGGGCAAGCAAGGGGGUGGUGGUGGUGGUGGUGGUGGUGGUGGUGGUGGUGAUGGUGAUGGUGAUAGCAGCACAGACACCGACGACAGCAAUAACAAACAGUCGCAAACCCAGAGCCAAACUCCUCCGACAACGACGGAAGAAAUCCCCAUUGGACAGAUUUUAGACCAGGUCAACUUCGUUAUCUGUUCACCUACCCCUACAUCUGAAUGUCGACUUUCACCGUCAUCUACACCUGAAGAACAAAAACAGCGCAAAGAAGUGAGUCUCGAGCAGAUCAAGGCGAGGUUGGAGGGUGGAAUACCAACAGUUGUUGUCCCGCUUGUUGUUGAGGAAGAGGCCGAGGACGAAAGUAUGGUGGGGAUGGCAAUGUAA